CUAUUUUCUGUCAAAUCAAAAACAUUUGCAAAUAUCAAUAGGAAUAUCUGUUAUUGAUGUGUUUUUUUGAAUAAUUUUGCCGUUAAAAUGUUAACAUUUUUGAUAAUUUAGUUCGGUAAUCAAUUGUUGAAAAGACCCUUGCUUUUAUUUGGCUAUUUUCGAGCCUAUGUGUCCAGCUAGCUUGUUUCAGCUGAAUAUUAAAUUGUGUAUGGUGAUCUGUUCGUAAAAAAUAAUAUUUCUUUUUUUUUUUGCAAAUAUUUUCAACGCUACACUGGCAAAAGUCCAGAAAUAUCGGAAGUUAAAUUAGGCGCGCGCUAUAAGUGUUCGAUUUGAACUCAUUAACAAGUGUUCGGUGUGCGCAUGAUAAAAAUUUGAUUAAAAGCAAAAGUUGCGUCGUGUUAUAUGUUACAUCACAUCUAUUAUAUUGUUGAUGUCAUGAGCAUAAAUAUUUGCGAGCACAGUUAUUUACAUGUUCUGACGGAUAAGCCAAUCAGAAGAGUUUCAUUGAUGUGAUUUUACUUAAAUCUCUGUUUUAUGUGAGCAGCCAAUUCCAUCAGCUGCACGUUAUUUUGUAGAUUAGUAAACAAUUGUUUUUUUUGGGAAUUAUAUUUUGGAGCAGGUGAAUUUCUGAAUAAUCAAUAGAAAUCAGAAUAAAAAGUGUUAAAUAGUUGAAACGAAAAUGAGUGACAUACCAUCGGUAGAUCUAUCUGAAACCGAAUCGGUUAAAAGUGAUACAAAAUCAACGAAAUCGACUGCGUCGAUAGCCAAACCAUCUAGUAUAAAACCACCAUCAACAACCACAAGAAUCGGUAGACCAUGCUGUGCUGGACACUUACCGAAGCCGGGAAUACCACCGAUGGAGCCGAAACACGAUAACAUGAGACGUCAAAGUGAUGAUUAUUCACGAUCACAUCUAUCAGAUGUUUUUGAGGAGAAUGAGACAGAUUUGAUGCCUGAAAGAUCGACACGAUCAAUCAAAUCAAAAUCACCAGAUUCGUUUUCGUCGAAACCGCCGAAAAGCGAUAGAAAAAUUUCAAAUGGAUCUACGAAUUCUGAUUUGUAUAUGGAAGCUACUGGUAGACGGCAUAGUUCAGAUCAAGGUACCAUCUUAACAGCAAACACAGACAGCUUUAUUAUCGGCCAACGAGUAUGGGUCGGAGGCAUUCGUCCUGGUCUCAUUGCUUACAUCGGCGAAACACAUUUUGCGCCUGGCGAAUGGGCUGGCGUUGUGUUAGACGAUCCGAAUGGAAAAAAUGACGGGUGUGUCGCGGGAAAACGAUAUUUCCAAUGUGAACCGAAGCGCGGUAUAUUUUCAAGAUUGACACGGCUAACGCGAGAACCCUUGCCGGGUGGUGCAUCGUCAACGAGCGAUUUGUCGAUGAAUGUCAGUUCACGAUCGAUAACGUCACCAUCACGAUCCGGAACCGUAUCUCCGACGCAAAGUAUGAAAAGUUUUUCGGGGAAAACACCAACAAAAUCGAAUUUGGCUGUUGGUGACAGAGUUAUAGUGUCGUCGGGAAUGGGAAGUCGUCCCGGUAUUUUACAAUAUAUUGGUGAAACCAAAUUUGCCGCUGGAAAUUGGUGUGGCGUACAGUUAGAUGAAGCAACGGGCAAAAAUGAUGGAAGCGUUGAUGGUGUCAAAUAUUUUGAUUGCCCUCCACAAUGCGGUAUUUUCGUUCCAGUGGCUAAAGUUUCACUGUCGCCAUCUGCACGAAAGUCUCGUUUAUCACGAUCCGGUUCGAAAGAAUCGCUCACUUCCGUUGGUACGAUGGGCAGUAUUGCUUCAACGGCAACAUCACGUUUGCGUAUGAGCGCACAGCGAUUAUCGUCGGCCCCGAAGCCUAUAACCACACCGAAAAAUACAUUUUCCUUGCAGGAGGUGCUUCGCGAAAAGCAAAAUCACAUCGAACAUUUGCUCAUUGAACGGGAUCUGGAUCGUCAGGAUGCGGAAAAUAAUGCGAUGAUGUAUCAAAAAACCAUAAAUCAGUUGAAGGAAACGAUAACGUCUCUAGAGAAGCAGCUAACGAACGAAAAGCAGAAAUCGGAAGACCUACAAACUAGCGUUGACGAAGCGACAUUUUGUACGGACGAGUUGAAUGUACUGACCCAAGAGUACAAAGAUCGAGUAGCGGUUCUGGAAGCACAAGUAAGCGGCAAAGAAAUUCCGGAUGGGGAGCCGACUUUCGAAGACAGCAAACAAAAUGAAGAAAUUUCUCGACUUCGGAAACAAUGUGAGCUUCUUACCACCAGCCUUGCCGAAAAACAAUCCGAAAUUCAAUCUUUGGAGCAAGCCAACAGGAUACUUCAGUCGCAGAUUGAAUCAAAUGGUGAAGUUCAGCAAGCUUCAGUCAACGAAUUCACCAGUAAAAUUUCGGCACUUGAAUCUAGUCAAAAAAGCCUGGAAGACCAGGUGCAGUAUUUGACGCAUCACACCGAAGGAUUGGAAUCAGAGUUAAGACUGAAAGAUGAAACUAAAGAACAGGAGUACCUGAGUAUAAAACAUAUCGAAAAUGAAUUGCGCGAAGAGGUGAACGCUUUGAAAAUGGAUAUUCAACAACUCGAAAUUGCCAAGGCGGGAGGUGACAGUGAUGUACAGAAAUUGAUUGAAGCGAAAGACACAAUUAUUGCUGAACAAAAAGAAUCAGCCAUUGGGUCGGAACAACUGCACAUGAUAAUAGUGAAACAGAAGGAGGAAGAAAUAGCUCAAAUUAACAGUUCAUUGAAACAACUACGAGAGUUGAACGAGAGUCUGAGCAGUGAAAAAUCGAACUUCAUUAAAGAACGUGAAGAAAACAUAAGAGUUGUAGGUGAGCUACAGACGAAAGUGGAGGAAGGUUCAAAAUUGUCCGUUAAACUUCAAUCUGACUUGGAGGUCAAUCUUCGUGUGAUUGAAGGCAAUAAACAGCAAAUUGACCAGCAUGAAAAAACAAUCAAAACGCUCGAAUCGAAAGUGGAGCAGAUGUCGACUCGAAAUACCGAACUGGAAGCGAAAGUAAAUGAAUUGCACGAAAGUGCUUCAGAUGCCGUUGAGAAAGGAAAAGUCCUGGAGGCAGAACUGAGACAGAAUGUCCAGAUUACGACUGAGAGUUUAAAUGAAUCCGAGAAAAGAAUGGCUGAACUGCGGGAACUGUUGGUCAGUCGAGACAAAUGCCUCGAGGAACAGCAAAAGUCAAUCAUCGAUGAGCAGAGCAAGUUUGAGGAACUAUCAUCGAGAAACGAAGCAUUACUGAAGGAGUUGAACGACUUCAGAACCGAUAGUGUGAGCAAAGAUGAAGGUGUUUCCAGACUGAACGGUGAACUAACGAAUGUUACCAACGAACUGAACAAAAAAUGCUCCGAGUUAGAAGUUUCCGAGAAGAAUCUGUCAUUGGCUGUAGAAGAAUCUAAGGUGCUGUCUCAACAGAUUUCCGAGUUAACCAACGAGGCGGAAUCAUUAAAGGCAACACUGAAUACUAACGUAAAUUCCAUUGCUAAUUUAAAUGCUGAAAUUGUACAACUACAGGAUGCACAUAAAUCCGACACACAAAUUGCAGAUAGUUUGAAUAAAGAAGUGCAGGCUCUGAACAGUCAAAUUGACCGUAUAACCACGGACAAUUCAUCGUUAAAAGAAGACCUAAAGAAUGCGCAAAUUGCCUUUGAAUCGAAAAAAUUAGAAAGCGAAAGCCAGUCCAAUGUAACUAAAGAACUGACGCUGGAGAUCGAUCAGCUACAAAAAACCCUACAAACGAAGAACGAAGCAGUUGAUAAGAUCCAGAAAAUGAACGAAAAUUUACAGUCACAAUUGGAUGCGUCUGUACAAAGUGGUAACGACCUGCAGGAAAAGCUGUCCAAACUGGAGGUGGAGUAUGGAGAUCUUAACCGUAAAAUGGGAUUAAUGGAGGAGAAAUGUGAACAGAUGUCGCUUGAAAAAGCGUCUCUACAACAAAAUGUGGAUGCUCUUCAAAACUCAUCGUCUGAUACAAAUUCCGAGGUGCAUCGACUAUCUGCCGAACUACAACAAAAACAAAAAUCGUACGACGAACUCGUGGACAAGUCAAAUGCCGUUCAACUAAGCCUGGAAAAGACGUUGCACGAGACCACACAAAACUUGGUUGCCAAAUCAGCUCAACUGGAUCGCGUCAAAAACGAAAUGGAAACCGUAACAAUGCAGAAAAUCGAUCGCGAAAACGAACUGAAUGUGGAACUAUCGACGAUGAAGGAAGCAGCAGUCGAAGAAAAGACUAGGCUGGUGCAAGAAAUGGAUCAGCUGAAGGCCUCCUAUCAGGAGGAGAAGGUACGGUUACUGAAAGAAUUGGAUGGAAAGCUAAACGAUUCGGUGGCACUGAGAAGCGAAAUAGAAAAUCUAGGGAAGACUGUCAACGAGCUGCAGAAUAGUGUUGAACAGUCGAAAAGUGAAAUGGUGGGAAAAGAGAAUGAAUUUGAAGCGAAAGUCAAAAUAUUGCAAUCUGUAGAAGAGGACCUGAAACGUCAAUUGGAUGAGUCGAGUAGGAAGGAAUCGGAGCUGAGAAACUCUUUCACCGAAGUUACCAAGUCCGGUGCCGAGAGUGUCGAACAAUUAACGCAACAAUUGAAUGACAAAAUCGUUUAUGCCGCGCAACUGGAGUCCAACAUCCAAGAACUUCAGACAAGAUACGAUCGGACAACCGUAGAACACAAUGAUUUGAAAGCGAAAUUAUUGGAGAUGGAGAAAGUGAACGAAGAACUUACCAAAUCUAUCAAGGAGGAGAAGAAUGAAUUCAUAUCUCUGAAAUCAAAUCUUGAGCAGCAGUUGACGGAAGCCGUAUCAAAGUUUAAGUCAACAGAAGAAGAUCAAGUCGAUUUGGUCAAUCAAAACUCUCAACUGUCACAGCAGAUUGAGGAGUUAACCAAAGCAGUCCUUGAAACUAAUAACAGCAAAAGCGAAAUUAACGAUCAACUUACACACCUCCGUGAGGAGGUCGAAGCAUUCAAAGUCUCCGCCGAAGCAGAGAAACUGGAAAUUUGUUCCAAACUAGUGGAAUCUCACAAUAAGGAAAUCGAAGAGAAACAGAAGGAAAUGGACGUCAUUUCCACUAGCCUGCGUGAAGCAAACAAUGAAAACGAAACACUCAAAUCAAAUGCAGCUACGUUGAAGGGGUCAACCCAAGCGGAAAUCGUUGCUUUGCAGCAGGAGGCAGCCGAUCACCUGAAAACCAUCCGUUUGCUGGAAGACAAAAUCGAGCAGCUUACAUCAUCUGUCAACUUGUCAGAUGACCUGAAAAAUGAACUGAAUCACAAGUCCGAGGAAAUCAAAUCCAAAGAAACGAAAAUUGCCGAGUUAUCGGUUACGGUGAGCACACUGCAGGAACAAUUUAAUGUGAACGAAAAUGAUUUGAAGAGAUUGGCUGACGAGAAGGAAGUAGAGAAAAAACGCUUAACGGAUGUCAUUGACAGCAAGGACGAUGAAAUCAAGACCAUGCAUCAACAGUUAGCGACAGUGAAGAAGACAUUGGAUGAUAAAAUCGUGGAAUUAGCCAGCUUGUCAGACGAGAGUUCAUCUCUUUUGUUAGAGAAAAAUUCACUGGUUGAAGAACUGGCUAGUUUGAACAGCCAGAUGCAAGACUACGCAACAAAUUCUGUUGACCUGACAGAAUUAAACAAUUUGAGGGAGGAGUUCAGUAUAUUCGAAGAGACUAAACGACAAGAAAUUGUCGAUUUGACGAAACGAUUAGUGGAAGUGGAGAAAAGAUUGCAGAGUCAAAGCGCAAGCGUGGCCAAGUUUGAUAUACUGGAAAGAGAACAGAAAGAAAUUUUGUACGAAAAAACCGCCUUGCAACGCCGCGAAGCUCAAUUGGUCGUAGAAAAUAAACAGCUGGCUGACAAACUGCUUCAAAUGAAGGCUAACAGUACAGCAGCACCAGCACCAGAAAUCGUGUCCGACACCGAAUCUGGAGCACAAAUCUCAUUUCUCAAUUCGAUUAUCGCAGACAUGCAACGGAAGAACGAAUCGUUAACCUAUCGAAUUCAGGCACUGGAAAGUGCACCGUCGGAUUUUGUCAACAAUGGUCUUUUCGAUUUGCCUGUCAAACGGAAACCGGCACCUCGCGUAUUUUGCGACAUAUGCGACGAGUUCGACGCCCACGAAACGGAAGACUGUCCAUUGCAAUCGUCAGAUAGCCCGCCACCGAUAAACCUACCGGAGAUGACGUCGACCGUUAAUUUGAUAUCGAAAGACGCGACGAAGGAGAGGAAAGUACCACCGCCGCGAAAAUAUUGUGAAACUUGCGAAGUUUUCGGUCACGAUACGAGUGAGUGUGACAGCGCAGAAACGUACUGAUCUAUGGUGCUGGGGACAUCAAUUCACCACUUCUUGCCGUCACUUCCGGCGUAUUUUAGGUGUGCACUAUGUGUUACCAUUUUGUGUUUAGGUGAAAUUGUUUAGUUUUACGUUAAGAAAAAGCCAGUGUUGCUGCUAAGAGUUCAGAAAUGUUCAAAUUUAAUUGUUUCCCUUUUGUUGCCGUUGUUUAUAAUUCCAACGAUAUCUUGUUAAUGAAAUUAAAAUGCAAUUUUCAAUCGAC